AUGAGUCGACGCUCGGACUUCUCAACCAUUCAACCACUCUCUAGUGGCAAGAGUGGCGGUAUGAAUCUUGAAAUUCUCCUCGUUAAGAGUAAAGGCAGCGGUACGUUGUACAUCGAGAAGCGCAUCGCGAAGAAAGAUUGUGACAAAGGCCUCGCAGAUCGCGAGCUCCGCCCCAUGCUGCAGUGCCAAAACCACUUCAACAUCGUUCAGUAUCGAGCCGAAGACUUCUCUGACUAUCGCAGGAUUGGCUACGGUAGCAUCUUCAUGCAGUAUUGUGAGCUGGGUGAUAUCAGCGGCUUGAUCAAACAGUACACUGCACACAAGUCGUUUCUGCCCGACGAGGGUUUUCUUUGGAAACUGACCUGGGACAUGUCGUCAGCACUAUGCCACUUGUACACUGGGCGCAGCAAUGAUUAUAUCCGUCAAUGCGCGCAAUCACAGCAAGUUGUUUCAACCAAAUACGGCUGGAAUCGAAUUAUACACCGGGACAUCAAGCCAGGUAAUCUCUUCCUCACGACAAAAGACAAAUCACAGCCAGACCGGUACUGGCCCGUCGUCGUACUGGGAGACUUUGGCCUGUCUACGUCACUCAAAGACAUCGCUCUUGGGAGGGCGUGCGGCAAGGAGAACAGUGGUGGGACGCCGGGCUUUGAGGUCCCUGAGGCACCACAGUUUUGCUGUCGCAGCGAUGUAUAUCAGAUGUCGCUUACGGUUCAUUGCCUUGCGCGAAUGCGUCAGGAGCCGAACAUGGGGAGGCCAUUUGAUGGGGACCAUCCGCUACCACGGUGCUACAGGGAUGAUGGCUUGAGAGAUUUGCUAAAGAGAUGUCUGCGCUCAGAUCCCGCCAACCGCCCGCUACCCUCAGAUUUGCCGAUGCUGGUGUGGAAGAAGCGUGAGGCGUGGCGGAAAUCGAACUCGCAUUCGAGAGGCGGGGUGGGCCUGGCGAAGUGGGCUUACGGAUGA